UGCUCCUUGCAGCGCAGCGCCGACGCUCAUCGCAAGGAUCUGAUCUUCCGCGCGUCGGCGGCUCCCUCUCGGCGGCGUCCAGCGACGGAGGGGCAGUCCCAGGCUCGGCGGCGUCGUCGGCGGCUCCCCCCACCUUCUCUCGCCAGUCGCCUCGCGCCCUCGCCUGCGUCCUCCGCGCACCGGCCGACGACCCUGCAUAUAGAGCAGAGUGUUUUGUGUGAGACUACCAAAACUUGAAAAUGAACAAGGGAAAGAUUUUUAAGCUAGCUAAGGGAUUCAGAGGAAGGGCGAAAAAUUGCAUAAGGAUAGCAAGGGAGAGGGUGGAAAAGGCACUGCAAUAUUCAUACAGGGAUCGACGCAACAAGAAGAGAGACAUGCGAUCUCUUUGGAUUGAGCGCAUCAAUGCUGGUACACGCCUCCAUGGGGUGAACUAUGGCAAUUUCAUGCAUGGAUUAAUGAAGGAGAAUAUCCAGCUCAACAGGAAGGUACUCUCAGAGCUGUCAAUGCACGAGCCAUACAGCUUCAAGGCUCUCGUCGACGUAUCUCGCAAUGCAUUUCCCGGCAACAGGCCUGUUCCUGCUAAGGAGGGGCUAGCAAGCAUUCUGUAAACGUUUCUUUCCCAAUAAUUAAACCUGAUGGUUACAUCCACAUCUCAAAGUAGCCUUUCUGCUUGUAACGUCACGAGGAGGUUAUCACGGGCAUUGCACGUGUUAUUCCCCUGUUUUUUUUCCUGUUUGGUGAGCGGUUGGGACAGUCCAUCUAUCUAAUUACAUGUUUUGUACCUCAUGCCCUUUACUUUUUA